AUGAAGGCUUUGCUUGUUGCCCUGCUGGUGGCAGUCCUGUGUGCCGAGCAAGCUAUGUGUGAUUUAUCGGAAGAACAGAUCAAGGAAGACUACAUGAAACUGAAAAAUCUGGUAACAUACUGGUCAGACAGCAAGUCUGGAAUUGCUGUUGCAUGGUAUGCAAAGGAUAUCAAUCCACAGCCUGAGUCAGGGGACCUCCAGAGAGAAAGGUCAUGUGUGCUCUUUCCAGCUUCCUCCUUGUUUUGCUACACAUGCGAAAAUGAGCACUCCAACUGGAACUGUCUUAAAACCUACAAGUGUGAAGACCAUGAGAAAUACUGUACGACCACAUACAGUGCUGCUGGGUUUGGCAAAGACAUGGGAUAUCGCAUAACCAAGAAAUGUUCUGCAGACUGUCCUGAGACCAACACAGACUUUGGCGUGGUGGCCAUUUCCACCAAGUGCUGCAAGACCUCCCUGUGCAAUUUCAGCGGUGCCAACAGUGUGAAAUUGAGCUAUGCUGUGAUGUUCCUGGGAACGGUAGCCAGUUUGAUCUGUGUCAUUAGGGCAGGAUUGUGAUGAGGGUUGAGGGUGGGAGAAGAUUUGACAACCCAAGGGCCUACACAUGCUCUUGUCAAACAGAUUAAACAUCUUUUGUCAAGUGUCUCCAUCAAGGUCUAUGCUAUUCUGCUUUUUUUUCCAACACUUCUUUUUCAGAUCUGACCCAUAAAAUGGCAUGGCAGUAUAGCUCCU